AUGUCCACAGAACCAGAAGGUAGCCCUGCUGCCUCGGAACCGAAACCCUCGCCCUUAGUCGACGACAAAUCCUGUCAGGAGCAUUCCGAUAAUGCCGUUGGGACGAGCGUAAAGCUCCCUGGUGUGCUCAAGAUGGAGGCAUUCGAUAGCGAGUUGAAGCUGUGGGAACGAUGCUUUCUCUUUGCUUCGAUCUUCCUCGUCGGCUACGCAUUCGGACUUGACGCCUUGGUUCGGGGUACAUAUCAGGCAUAUGCCACUUCCAGCUAUGCACAGCACUCUCUCCUCUCCACUAUCAACGUCAUCCGCGGCGUCAUCGCAGCCGUCGUCCAGCCCAUGGUCGCCAAGCUAUCUGAUCAGGUGGGGAGGCUGGAGUUGUUUCUCGUCGUCACUGUUUUCUACGUCGUCGGCAGCAUCAUCGAGACCUGCGCGCUGAGCGUCCAGACCUUCAGCGCUGGGGCCUUGCUUUACCAGAUCGGCUACACGUGCACCCUGCUCAUCUUCGAAAUCAUCAUUGCCGACAUCACCUCGAUCCGCAGCCGAGUCUUCUUCGUAUUCGUCCCCAACAUGCCCUACCUCAUCAACACUUGGGUCAGCGGAAACGUGGCUUCGGCGGUCUUGACGACGACGACUUGGCAAUGGGGCAUUGGAAUGUGGUGCAUCAUCUAUCCCGUCGCUACGAUACCGUUUAUCACGAUCAUGGCCAUCGUCGGACGCCGAGCGAACAAGAAGCUGGCCAAACAUGCCAAGAGCGGGAAGGGUUGGGCACGGACAGCACAUGAGAUGUUCUGGAAGCUGGAUGUGGUCGGACUGCUGCUCCUCACCGCUGCGCUGUCCAUGACCCUCAUCCCGCUGACCCUGGCUGGUGGAGAGAAUAAGAAAUGGCGCACUGCUGGGAUCCUGACUCCUCUGAUCCUGGGUAUCCUUCUCUUCCCCGUCUUCGCGGUCUGGGAGGCCAACGCUACGCAUCCCCUGAUGCCGCUCUACCUCCUUCGAAACAGGGGCAUCUGGGCCGCGAUGGGCACCGCCGUCUUUAUGACGUUCUCCUGGUAUACGCAAGCCGACUUCUUGUAUACGGUUCUCCUGGUAGCGUUUGACUUUAGCAUCGAUGCUGCGACUCGGGUCGCUUCUGUGUACGCCUUCUGUGCAGUUGUCGGCGGUGUGUCACUCGGUCUGAUCAUUAUGAGGGUGCGUCGUCUGAAGCCGUUCAUCCUCGGCGGCAUCAGUCUCUGGCUCGCCGCCUAUGGGAUGCUCUACCAUUACCGCGGGAGCACCGAUGGCAGCUCUCGAUCCGGCGUCAUCGCUGGACAGGUGCUCCUGGGUCUGGCGGGCGGCUUCUUCCCGUACCCUAACCUGGCCAUCGCCCAGGCCGUGAGCAAGCACGAGGACGUCGGCAUCAUAACCAGUCUGAUGCUGACGAUGAACAACGUCGGCAUGGCGUUGGGGGGCUGCGUAUCGGGAGCGAUCUGGACGCAGACGCUUUACGACCAGCUCCAGGCGGACCUGGCGCCCAACAGCACGCUUGCUGCUUCGGUCUACGCCUCUCCGCUUUAUGUCGUUCCGAAUUAUCCCGUCGGCACUGUAGAGCGCACAGCCAUCAUCCACAGCUAUCGCUACAUCCAGCGGCUCUUGGCCAUCACGGGAAUGUGUCUGGUAGUGCCGAUGCUGGCCUUUGCAUUGUGUCUGCCGAACUUGAAGCUGCCGAACCACAAGGCCAGGAACGCGAUCGAGGAAUCCUCAGAGCCGAAACAGUGA